AUGAGCCCUGUUAAUCAAUUUACUGCUCCAAACUUUUACAUUCAAGACGAUUCGACAUCUUUUCAAGUUUAUGUCGAAGGAAUAUGUUAUAUUGAUGAUGAUAACAAAUUGGUUGUUGUUAAAAAAGACAGUUACGUUUAUGCAGGAAACACAUGCCAAGAUGCAUUUGAAUCGACAACCAAGUUAGAAACUAAAACAGUACAAAAAGUAACAUCUUUUCCAGAAUAUUACUUCAGAGAAGUUAGCAGUGGAUCAAAAGAUUGUAAUAUCGUUAGCAAUUUGGCGCUUACAAAUUUCCCAGAUAACUAUUAUAAAAAGAAGGAUAUUGGUAGAUGUUAUGGGAAUAAGGAUGCUACUAAUAAAGCACAGAGAAUUAUUGCGACUGGAGACACAACCAAGCCGUACAAAUUGCAAAUUGCGCCAUCUUGCACUUCUGCCGAGUCUGCGUGGACUGACUCUACCAGCACUGAAACUAUAAAUGAAGUCACAGAAAAAAUUUCAAAUUCGUUUUAUGUGAAAGAAAGAAUGUAUCCAGACGAAACUACAUGCACUGGUGUUACAUAUCCACUUCCCGACCAUUUAUACACAACACUUGAGUGUAUAAACGUUGAUGAACGAUAUUUCAGUCUCAGUGUUGAUGACUACAAUGUCUAUUUUACAAACUAUGAAGAUGCCCAAUGUACAAAACUCGAUUAUUCUAGUACUGUAUAUACAGCACACCAAGAAUUGAUGUUAGGAUUUUGUUUUGAACCACGCCCUUCAGCAAAAGCUAUUUACUACCCACCAUUUUUAUUUAUUCACGAAGAAGCUAAUUAUUUUGAUUAUUACAUACCUUACAUGUGUUACAUUAACACAAAAGAUGGCAAACCAUAUAUUCAAAUUAGACUUGAUCAAAAUGUAUAUACUGCUAAUACUUGUGAUGAAUUAUCCAAUUCUAUUGAAGUUAUAUCUGACUACAAAAUAAAACAGGUUGCACAAUUCGAUACUUUUUAUUACAGAGAAAUUUACUACGCAAAUAUAGAUUGCACUUUUUUAAAUAAUUUCGACCAACCAAAACGCGCAGACAGGUGCUACACAACCAAUAACAAAUGUGUACCGGAUACAAACUCUCAUUAUAACUUUGAAGUUAACAACGAACAAGUCAUAAUCUGGAAAUACAAAGAUUCCACUUGCAAUGAAAUUGAUCAAGAAAUUUAUUAUAAUAAUAAAGUGUGCACGAAAACAUCUGAUGGCGAUUAUCAUAUUGUUUUUAUCAGAGCGAAAACAUGUGGUCGAGUAUACAUACAGCACACUGGAUAUAUCACAGUGUAUACCGUUUAUUCAUGUUAUGCAAAUGAUGAUGCUGUUUACAAAGUACAGCGAAUGAAAUAUACUAAUUUUAUACUUAGUCUGUGGAAAUUACAAAUUGCGCCAUCUUGCGAUUCAGAUGAGUGGAAAUGGAUUGACGCUCCAGACCCUGGUACAAUUAAUAAAUUCGGACCUGAUAUGGAAAAAUCGUAUUAUUUUGAAAGAAAGAACAUAUCUUAA